UUUAAGCAACGUUAUCAAUUUCAGUUCAAAUAGUUUUAGGUACCCAUUGUGUAAAUUGUUUGUUUUUAAUUUUGUUCUAAUUUUUUUUAAUCAUGGACAAUCCAUGCACAAAGUCUAUGAGUGCUCAUGGUUUAUGUGUUUCGUAUGAAAUUAAAGGCAAAAAGCAUAGUAAAUAUCAUUCAGAAUGGUUGCAGCUUUAUAAGAGAGGAGGCUGUGCAACCAAACCAGGCUCGUCCAAGGGAUUUCAGGUGGGUAAACUUGGGGACCAUGACAGAAGUCAUCAGUCAUCAGAGGUAUAUGACGAUGACUGUUUUCGAAACAUUAAUAAACCAUACAAAAAUGGAUCAAGCCCAGUCUUGUUUUCUAAAACUAUCUAUGCCCGAUACAAGGCAGCUUUGAAGCGCGCAAAGGCUUUUUCAGCUUCCACUGAUCCGAAAAACCGAGGAGAUAGAGUUACCCAUCCGCGUAUUUCCGCUGGCGCUUCCAGCAAUAUUAAUCCAAACUCAUAUACAUGCCCAGGUAUAGUCAUACCGCCCUACAAGACCGCUGUACCUGUCGAGUCUCAGUCAAGUUUUAAUCCGGUAGCAAAAAAUCCCUCGUCUGCUACCACCCAAGGCGAAAUGUUUCAGCUAAGCUGUGGAUGUUUUGAACUGAGGCCAGUAGCAAAACCCAUUGACGCUUCGAACAAUAAUCUGGGUCUUGCGAGUAUUAAAGUUUGCAAAGAACCAGAGCCGCAACCCAAAACAGAGCCACAAUCCGAUGCAGUUACACAACCGGCAGCAGGGCCGAUUUCUGAAUCCUCGAAUCUUUCAUACUGUACGUGUCCUCCUCCAACACCUGCAACUGAACCAAAAUCUGGAGCCCCCACCACUAGUCAGAAAAUCAAAUCAGCUAUUCAUUGCCAUUUGUGCAAGAGACCUAUUAUAGUGGUUCCCGCGGGGGAAGGAGUACCAUUGCCACACUUUAAGCAUGGCAUCAAGCCGAAGAGUAAUGAAAUUGCUCGUCAAACACCGUUCCAAUCAAAGACCAUACUGAAGUCAGAUCAACGAAUCGAUAACGUAAAGAUAAAACCAGAGAAAACACCUUCCAAUAUCCAGUUUUCACUGACAAAUUUAUACACAGAGAACCUACAGGACCUUCCUUCGUGCUCAUGUCCACAGGUACACACAGGCACACAGGUAGAUCACCAGACGCCUCCUUCCGAGCUUGCGUUAAUGUCGGAAAUAUCCAAGCAGUUGUGCGAGCUGAACAAGAAAUUGGAUAUAUUGCAAAGGACAGAGAUAUUCGAUAUACGCCAUCAGAUGGAUACCCUUAGCGCCAAUGUGCAGUCGCUGAACCAAAAGUUUCAGGACAAGGAGAUGAAGACAGAGUCGUCUGAGUGUGUUUGUUGUGCAGCAGAGCAGAAGAAAACCCCAAAGAAUAUGCAGCCUUCCUCAAGCAAAAAUGCGAUGGAGGUUAAGGAUCGCUCAUCGAGUGAUUGCGAGUUCUGCAAGAAUAAGAAUCUACCAGUUCUGAACAGUUUUCACAAACAGCUUGUCGCGCUGAUUGGUAACCUCAAAUUCAGUGAGGUUUUGAUGUCCAUUUUGCUGCGGCGCGACAAUGUCUACCAUGUAAGGGUGCAGGAUAUGAUCCACGAUAAAGUCCUGGGCUGUUUCUUGGUAAGCGAUGCUGGCAUCGAGGAGGCCAUCAAGCUAGGUGUCUUCGAGCAGACAAUGACAUUCAGUGUGGUCGAUGUGCGGAACACGCUCAAGCCAAGAAAAGGCGCCCUGGGCAUUGCUUUCGAGUUCUCCAAGGAGGAGCGACAAAUCGGUGGCUGCGAUACUGAAGGGGAUAUUAAGUUGGAGCCCCCUACCGAGUGUGUUGCGGAGACAGAUACCUGAAGGACUAAAAAAACAAAUUCUUGUUUUAUUUCAGAUCAUUUCAUAGUAGUAAUUUUAUUGGACACUAAACAUUUCACAGAACUCCAUAGAAUAAAUGGUAUAUCUAAGUACAA